AUGUGUGUGUGUGAGGGAAUGAGUGAACAAGCAGCAGAGGCAAGUAGCACUCUUCACUGUUCAAAUGAGCUCUUCUGUAUGUUCAACUCUGGCCCGUGCUACCGAUUUUUUUAACGCCCAAUGAGGACAAUAGAUGGCGGCAACUCAUUAUAUCCUUCAAGCACGCGGCUCCACUACUAACGGCGCACGGAGCAUCAUUGACCUUAGUUCUUUAUAUAAGCUGCUACCUGCGUGUGGGUGCAGUGUAGGCUGAGCUGAAGCCCGUGCGUAACGUACUCCUCCACGUUUCACUCGCCUGCUCCCUCAGCCGAGGACGCCGCUCCGGUUCACGCACACUAUCGCGCUCCCAGCAGUGGAUCUAGAGGAAGCGAUGCCUUUGGGGUAAAGACGACUCUGCUCAUUUUAUCUCCGUUACUAAGCAAAACCGCACGCGCUCCAGCAGCAGCAGCAGCAGCGGCACGAGUCUACCUGUGGCAGUUUGGGCGGGAAACAAGAAGCGCGUGCGACGCCGUUACAGCAGCAGAGGCGCUGAACUCAAAACUUUGCCGGGAUACACGUGCAGCCUGCCGGCGGAUGAGUGCAGCAGCUGGGCUUCGGAGCCGCGGAGAACACGCGAAGAGGAAGACAGCGUAGUGGAAGAUGAAGUCUGCAGGGGUUGGAAAUGGAGGACUCUUCACAGAGAGCUACUGCAACAUCUGCAAUGCCCAGCUCAUCUCUGAAUCACAACGUGUUGCACACUAUGAGAGCAAGAAACAUGCCAACAAAGUACGUCUGUUCUACAUGCUCCACCCGGAGGAUGGUGGUCCACCGUCUAAAAGACUGAGACCAGACAACCCGGACAGUGCUGAGAAUGAGGUGGACAGGAACAAAUGCUGCACACUCUGCAAUAUGUUCUUCACAUCUGCCAUCGUGGCUCAGUCGCACUACCAAGGCAAAACACAUGCAAAGAGAGUACGCCUGGUGCUCGGAGAGCAGCCCAGCUUAACCACCCCCACAGACUCAACCCCAACAACCCCUCAGCCCACAGAUCCUCCCGUGCCACCUCCACCCUCAUGGCCCCCAAUGGGCAACAAUGGGGAAGCAGGCAAAUACUGUUGCCUAUGUGGCGCCUGGUUCAACAACCCCUUGAUGGCACAGCAGCACUAUGAGGGCAAGAAGCACAAGAGGAAUGCAGCACGGGCACGGCUACUGGAGCAGCUGGCGGGUAGUCUGGAUGCCACUGAGAGCACGGGCCUGCGCAGUAGUUACUCAUGCAACAUGUGCAACGUGGUGCUGAACUCCAUUGAGCAGUAUCAUGCACAUCUCCAGGGCUCCAAGCACCAAAACAACCUGAAACAACAUCAGCAAUGAAGAAUAAUGAUGGAUGAAGCUCUGAAGAACAAAAGGAAAUGGAUGUUCCUGAUAGAACUUUUGGAGCCGCACAGACAUUUAAAAGGGCACCUGGGACAGGGCAUUUAUUUAUUUGUCCUUGAGCUUCUUAAUAUCCUGGAGGUUCCUCAACCGUUUUGUGCUUUAUAUUUCUAUUCAAGGUCAACGGUUAAACCAACAGUCAUAAGCUGGAAAUACACACUGUCCUCCUCUGUGACUAAGUAUGAACCUAAAGUAAAUGGAUGUCAGUUGAUGUUACAGUGGUUAUAACAAUGACUAUGACAGUCAUCGCAUAAUUUAACAGCACCAGCCUGAAAAGACAGUCACACUACUUGAGUAUUUUCUUGCAUCCUCAAAGUCUUGUGUGCAAUGAUGAUCUGUGAUAUGUUAACCCACUCUGCUCCUCAAACCUCUGAGCACUGCUUUGGUGGAUCACUCAGGCAUGCCAAGCUGGAAAAGGUACGAAGAAGAGGUUGUCAGUCAUCUUAGUGACUUUGUCUCGUCAGGUAAUUGGUCCUGCUUGUGCCUGAAUGCUGCCAGUGAUGAGUUGAUUGGAUUACCUUUAUGGAAAAAUUCAUCUUGGCCUUGGUGUAGAGCUGCAGUGAGCAUAGCAAGGACUUCACACAGGCCUCAGUGCUUUCUCUAUAAACAACACCUAUUAAAGCUUACCGACAUCUACAUGAGAAAACAUUCCUACAGAUUUCUGCUAGAAAGUUUCAUUGCAGAGAUUAGAUAUGGAACCACUGGCUAUGCACAGCUCUGACGUAUUACAAGACCUGUACAGAUUCAUCAUUAGCAGCAAGUCUUUUCCUUUCUACUGGUGUUGAGACUGAUUGCCCAAGUGGGUAUAUUGAAUCAAAUAAAUUGUUGCUGUCAUUUCAAAACCUUUUUUUAAGGCACCAUUUGAAAAUGUCAGCUUCCCUUUACAAUGUGUGAACAUUUUGUGAAGAACGGACCAUUAGAAAUUGUCCAAAAUGACAAAGAGAAUCUUAUAUUAAACAUAAGUUUUUUUUGUUUGUUUGUUUCAGAAAGUUUAAUUGAAGAUAAGAACGUUUCUUGUCCUAUGAUUUUCUCAUUUUGGAGAUAAAAGGUUGUUUAUGACAGAGUUGAUGUCAUUCAUAUGUACUUCCACAGUUAUUUCUAUUUCUGAGUGAUGAUGGCAUUAAUGUUUAUAUCUAUGCCAAAAGAACUUCCUGUAAAACAGCUCAAUGCCUUUCUGUCUGUUUUUUUUUUUUCCUUCAAAUGGGACAUGACUUUACAAGUUAGGUAAUAUUUAUGCAAUUAGAUUAUUAACAACUAUGUCUGGGUUUUGUUUGUUUGUUUGUUUUUUGUUCGUUUUUUGGAUUUUUUUAAAUGAUAAGGUUGAACGAUGCAAAAAAAGUGUAAAUGAUCAGUUUCAGAAAAAAAUGAAGCCCUUGAUUGCUAUGAUAGGAUGAGAGUAGACUUUAGAUGCAGUUUGAACUGAUUGCUGCUUUCUAAAUAAGUUAUGGUAGAGUUUAAUCUCUUUGGCUGUAGUGAAUUAUAUGUUUAAAUAGCCAUCAAAUCCAAGGGAAACAACACUUUUUCAUGGAUUUGUGUAUUCAUGCCAGAGCCCUUUGAUGUUUCAGUAAAGAUGGUGGUUGCAAAACCACAAAGCAAACUCUUUUCAAUGCUUGGCUGAAGAUUUGAAAGCUGCCAUUCACACUAAAUGGAAAGCUUGGACAAUUGUGAGCUGUAGCAGGGUUUAGGAUUGAGAGAAUGCCAUUCAGAGAGCACGGCUUAACCGACUGCUUUCUACUGGCAGACAGUCCUUCAACAACAUGGCACUGGGACAGAGGGCCUGACACUGGCAACAUGAGGAUGCUAUCAACUUGGUUUUCAUUAAGUUCCACCUAAUCUAAUGCUCAGAGUCUUUUGCUGUUCAUAUUGUUGUGAUGUUCAUCAUAUGGAAUGCCAUUUCAAACGAACACACACCAAACAAGUUGUGUAUUUGGUAAUGGUUACAGUGUGGUGUGGGUUAAAGGGGGUUUAUUUAUAUGUCACAGAAUAUAUUCUGUAUAUGAAAUGCAUAGGACACAGUACAGGUGCACUGAGAGGCUUAUUUAAGUAAAAAAUAUGAGAAACAAUAAUGCAGGUGUUAUUUUUUCUGAAAAUAGAAAUGGUGAGAAUGUUAUGAUGUGUGCACAUUUGUAAAUACACUUGAUAUCUAUUUUCUCUUUCAAACAAGAAAUUUCUCUUUA